AACAUUGUUCAUAGUCCCUCCUUUUUCACUUUUUUCUAUGUCCUUUCCUUUAAAAAUUGUUCUUCCACUUCCACACACAACACAAUUAUAGGACUAUGGAAAUAAACAAGAUACAAUCUCUUUAUGAUACUUGCCAUGUUUUGUUUUCUCAAGGAAGAGUUCCAAAUUUUCAACAAAUCCAUUACCUUAAAAAUCUACUAGACAAAAUUGAGGCAAUAGAUGUAGGAAUCGACGCGUUCGGGUUUUGCGAUUCUCCUACUACAGAUUCAAGCGUUGAUAAUGGUAGCAGAAGGUUGCUUUGUGGGCAAAGUUUCUCUGAAAUAACAUACAUUCACAUUCAUGAAUGUGACGAUGUUUCCAUGGGUGUGUUCUGUGUUCCAGCAGGAAAAGAAUUUCCUCUUCAUGAUCAUCCAGGAAUGACAGUGUUGAGCAAGCUUUUAUAUGGUUCUGUUUAUGUCAAAGCUUAUGAUUGGAUCAAUUUUGAUAGUACCAAAGGCAAAACAAUUUGUGUGGUUGCAGUAGGAUUGGCGGGGAGGGUAAUAGAUGAAGUGAUGAAAGCACCACAUGAGCCAUCGAUAUUAUUUCCAAGAAGUGGUGGAAAUAUUCAUUCUUUUAGAGCAUUGACUUCAUGUGCAAUACUUGAUGUGCUGUCUCCACCAUACUCUCAAGACUUUGGAAGACCCUCCACUUACUACUAUGACAUUCCUAUUCCUUAUCUCAAUGGUUAUUCCAUGCUUGAGGAGAAGCCAUUGCCGGAUGAUUUAGUAGUUCAUGGAGCACCAUACCUUGGACCUUCAAUUGUAACUAUGUACGAUGAUUACGAUUUUAGUGAUCAAUUCGGUUAUGAAAAUCAUGUAUAAAUUUUGAGUGUGUGUCUAUGGUGUGUAGCAAUUAUUUCAAAUGAAACAAUUUUAGAAUUUACUUA